AUGACGGAAUCAGUCCCCAGAGACACACCUGAGCAGUCGCAAGCCGACGACCAACAUGACCAGGAGUCAGCCUCCAAAUCAGCAAUCAACCCGGCUCUCAAAGAUCGGAGAUGUCAAUACUGCGGGCAGGCAUUUACAUCAUCGUCACUGGGACGUCAUCUGGACCAGUUCCUGUUCAAAAAGAAGCCGGAUGGGAUUCACGAUGUGGAGGAGAUUCGGCGCAUCCGAAGUGGAAUCACUCGUCGACAGGCUCGCACAAGCUCUGGCAAGCGCGAUGGCAGCCCAGACCAGGCGGAAAGAAAGGGCCCGCCUGGAACCAAUGCAGCUGGAAGUUCGGCUUCCAAAUCACGCGACGCUCCAGUGCGCAUGAUGUUUAACACUCCCACCUGGCACGCAACAGGCGUGAUCAACGAUAUACCCAACCCGAGUCGUACUGCAGAUGGGCCUCGAAUCGCGCCUGCUCAAUCACGAGCGGGAUCAUUGCAGUUGCCGGAUUUCGCGUCCCGAGGAGCCACCGCGAAUAAUCCAGAUACCAUGAAAGCACUGGAGCUGGCAUUGCGCGAGGUGCUAGAUAACAUCAAGGCAGCAACUUCCCGAGUUCGACCACGCCUUUCACCAUUCGACUUCGAGAUCCAGGCCCAGACUUUCCCCUCCCUCUGUCUACAGCUCCUCCCUCCUCCACCGAGUUUGUUCGCCUCUCAUCCUUUCUCAUCCCCGACCUCAUUCCCACUCCAACCGCCAGGCAGGGAACACCUCGACGUUGUUCGCCAGGCGCUGCGUUCCAAAGUCGCACAAUGGCGAUCCGAUCAACUCCUCUCCAAAGACUCGGCAGUGCGCCCAGGGAAUGUUGGGGCCACUCUUGACAAUUCCAUGAUUUAUCGGACAGCACAUCAACACGAGGAAAUGUCUAUUCGGCACUUGGAACUAGCCUUCAAUCAUUGGAACACACUCCCCCAUGAAACCCGCCGCGAAGCGUGGCAGCUUGAGAUCACGCGCGCGUUCGCCCGCGAGCUUGAGAAGCGCAAGUCUGUGGACGAGCAACUUGCCCGGGUGCAACAGGAAGCGAAUCAGCUUCGCGCGCAGGUCGAACGAUUGGGCUCGUGCCAAUGGCCACGCGAAUUCGCUCUUUUCCCACCAGACACGCUUCCAAUAUCCCGAGAUGUGGCACGCGAAUUGGAUGAGAAGGGAAGCCAGAUCAGUCCUGAAUCCUCAAGGUGGGACUUUGAUAGUGUAGUCUCCAAAUGGAAGCGUGUUGUGAUGCAUGAUAAGAGUAUGGGACGCAGUGGAGUGGGCCAUAGUUCGACCGCGCACCCUUUGGACUCGGAUAAUCCUCACCACGAUGUUCGUCCCCCGCGACCAGGUGAGGAUACAUCGACUCACCCGAAUCGCUUGCGACCUUUGCAAAACACUGCUGCAAUGAGCCCAGAUCCUGCCAACGCAUCUACCCCGGCAUCGUCGACCAACUAUGCCUCACCUUAUUCCCAUGCUGAUCCUCGCAGCCCACCGAGUGCUAGCGCUCCUGGUCCACAGGCUAAGCGUCCACGAUUGAUGAAUGGAUCCGAGGGUCUCUCAACUGCCGAGCCGGCGACAACCAGACCCCCUGGCCCUGGGUCGUGGCCUUCAUCUACUCCCCUCUUAUCUAAUUUGGCUGCUCCGUCAGGGCAGACACCUCCAUCCGCGUCUCGCGGAUGA